GGGAGGGAGAAGAAUGGAGUGUAAAAGGGACAGAAUAACGGGGGUAGAGGGAGGCAGGCUGAGGCGGGCGAUGACACCGCGUCUCACUGUCAGACAAGGCUACGCUCUGUAGUGGAUGGAGGCUAUCGUCGCUCAAGCAAGGAAUAGGUUUUCGUGGAGAAAAAUUCGUGUAGCGAAAUUAUUUUUAAUUGUUACAUUUUUGAUAGAAGUUAAAUACCAACACGAUGCCGAAAAAGACACCAUUCAGCAAGAUCCGUAAAAGAACUAAACGGUCGAAGUGCAUAAGAAGACUGAAGGAAAAAUACAAAGAAUUUGUUAAUGCUGGUUUCAACUCUGUGGAAAGGUAAGAUUGCAAACUUUUGAGUGUGUUCAUCUUCACUAAAAUUCUGCCAGCACAACAUGUAUGUAUUAUAAAAUCACAUUUUUAGCUGUGCAAAAGUGCUAAUAUUAUUAAUUAAUUCCACAGGACAUCUUCCAGUUUAACAGAUUAUGCUCCUGCUGCUGCUACACAGAUGGAAACGUCUGCCUACGUACCACCUGUAUGCCAGGGCGAUCACGACACCACCAGCGGUAACGUCCAAAAUCUAACCGAGUAAGUAAUUUAAUUACAUAAUUUCGUAUAGUGCUUGUUACCUAAGCAUGAUGCGAGGAUCGUGCUGUUAGUGUUAUGUAAGGCACAGAUGAUGGGUUCGAGUACCACUCUGACUGAGGAUUUUGAGGCUCCCUCAGAUAAAGUCAGUGUGUAGUGUGUAAGUCAUCUUACAAUUAGUUUAUCAGCAUUAUAAAUUAGAAGUUAACAAGCAAAAAAAAAUAUUUGAAGCGGAUGCAAAAAAAAUGCUGCAGGUUGUGUAAUUUUACUCAAAAAUUCCUUGUGUAUCAAGAAAAUCUAAAUGUCUUUCGUUCAAACUUGUUCAUGCAUAGACUUAUUUAUAAAGAAAAAAGUGUUUUGUUGUACAUGUUUUAAUUCCCUAUUUUGCAAUUCAAUUUAUAUGUAAAUAGAUUGGUCGAUUUGUCAGAAUGCUUCUUAGGUAACUUAUUGAGUGGUUGUGGGUUCCAAACCUCCUAUCGCGUUAUAUAACUAUGAAAUAAUCCGGUGACAAAAUGUUAGAGAACCUCAUAAUCAUGGUUGACUGUCAUACAUUGACAGUGAUUUAUUCUCGGUUUAAAAAAAUAGCAUACACUGUCUGUAUAAAUGCACUUCAUGUAAGUUAACUACUAGCCGAAAAUGAAAUUCACCCCUGCAUUAAAUAUGUAUCAACAUAUACUCGUUAAUAUAAAAAUAGUCUGGUAAAAUUACCCAUUCAUAGAAAUUUAACACUUUUGAUGGAACUUUUACUUCUGCAUAGAGUGAAAGAAUUCACGAACUUUGUAGGUGCAAAAGGACACUAACAUCGGUGGAAUCUCUGCUGCCGCAGACUAUUGUGUAAAUUUACACAACUUUUUCACAGUUUAUCGUGUUCCUAGUGAUCACAUACAGUAGCAUUAUAAAAUUCAUUAUCAGUAUUCUAAAGCACCAACUCUCUAAAUCACCUGGUAUUCCACUACACUUAAAAUAUUCAAAGUAACCAUCUGAAAUCAUGCAAAGCUUUGGUGGGAAGCUGGGUAAGAAUGUAAUAACAACAGCCGUUCACUCAUUGAUGACACCAAGCUAGCACAGUCGUCCGCCACCCUCGCCAACACAAUAAAACCAAUUUUUAGACAGCAAUGAAUUGCGAGUCGGUUACGCAUAAGAAGAGUUGUUUUUUGGUUAUUAGCAUUUUUUUUUUCAACGAAUAAAUAAGUAAUUCAGCUGCAGCAAAAAAGUUCACUGUACUUAGAGAAGCAGGCACAUGGAAAUCGGAUGUUGUGACAACUGUAUCUCGCAAGGCGUAUUAAAAUAAACAUAGUGUUAAAACGUGGAGUGACACAGACUAAGUAAAAUUCGUUUUAAAUUGUAUGUUGUCAUAACAGUUCACUGUGAUAAAUAAAAGUUUCAAAUGACAGACGUGUGAUUAAACUGAUUUUUUUUUCAGCGAGGAUAUUUCUGGAUUGGAUUGCUCAUUCUUGCCAAGUGAAGAAGUAUCGAAUGUUGAAAUUCUUCCAAAUGAAACUGCUGAAACUGUGACAAUGAAAGAAAAAAUCGUUCAAGGACGUCGUUUUGUAAAUAUGAGUCACAUGUUAAACCAACUCACAUCUUUAGCUACUCAUGUGCUACAGUGCACAACAGGUCGCUUUGAACUUCAGUCCGAAAAAAGAAUUGGCAUUGUCAGCUACUUCACUUAUAAAUGCAUGAUGUGUGAAAAAACAAGGAUAAUUUCAACGGAAAAAGAAGAAGAAGAAUUAAAUGAUUUAUUUGUGUGGGGAUCAUUAUCAGUUGGGAUUGGACACCAACAAGUAGAAGAAAUGAUGGCAGUAAUGGAAGUCCCUGUAAUGAGUAAACGGAAAUGGACGAGACAUGAACAGCGAGUUGAAAAGGUAGGAAAAAGCACUAUGGUUUGUUUUUUAUUUUGCAUAAUAUAAAUAUUGGUACCUGGGCGACCGAGCAUCGUUCGCGUCUUAUAUUUUUUGCUUUAAAAUCGCUUUUAUUCAGGGAAGAUACCUAUUAAGAUAAACUUUAAAGGCAACACGUUUACUAAAUAUAAAUUUUCAUCAAAUAGAGCCGAUUCGGAGUUGCCCAUAUGUGUGUCUAUAUAUAGGGCCUACAUAUACACAUACACACACAAUAAUUGCUCAUUUAAUAGUACAUAUUAGAUGAUUUUUCUGCAGAAAUAAAUAUUUUUUGUCAUUGGCUGUAAUGAAUCAAAAUAAAGGUAACAGCAACAACUAACCUGUUAUUUAUAUUUUUAGGCAUGGGAAGACAAACUGGAAAAAUACAUGCUUGCUAAUGGAGUCCAAGAACGUGAAAUCGCUCUAAAGAAGGGCAACAUAGAUGAAGAUGGAAUCCCUUACAUUACAGUCUAUCAAGAUGGCGGUUGGUGUACAAGAUCAUACGGCCAUGGUUUUACUGCAAAAUCAGGAGUUGCUUGCAUAAUUGGAGCCGAAACUAAUGGUUUGCUGUACGUUGGAAUACGCAACAAGUAUUGUUAUAUAUGUAACAACCAAGAAAAACCAGGCAGCAAAUCCAGGCCACAUAAAUGCUACAAAAAUUAUAAAGGAACUUCAACAGGAAUGGAACAAGAAAUUAUUGUACAAGGUUUUAAAGAAAGCGAAUCGAUGCAUGGGGUACGUUAUUUGUACAUUAUCAGUGACGGUGAUUCAAGUUCGUAUCUGAAGAUUCAGCGAGGUGUUUCAUAUGGUAGACAUGUAGUGAAAUUGGAAUGUGCCAACCAUAUGAUAAGAAACUACACUAGCAAACUACAUGCCAUUACCAAGGAUACCACUCACGUCAUCACUGCAAGGCGUCAAUUGUCCCAGUUAAUUCCUCGAUUGACGAGAGGGGCACGAGCAGCUAUUGCUUCUGCAAAUAAAGAGUGCAAUAGUACUAUGCUGCAAAAAGAUUUGAAGAAUGGUCCUUACCACGUAUUUGGCGAUCACGAGAAUUGCCGAGACACAUUUUGUGUCAGGAAAGGUACGGGCGAGCUAAACAAUGUUCCAAUUAUGUCUGCAACAACUAUAUGGCCAGCUAUAAUGAAAGCACUAGACCCACUCAUUACCAAGGCUGACAAGUUGUUAGGUAAUAAAACAACUAACCAAGCAGAACGCUUCAUGAGUUUGAUUUCAAAAUUUUCCGGUGGCAAACGGACAGAUGUCUCAAAAAGUGGUCGGUACAAAAGGUGCUGCUUGGGUGCUAGUCUGUCACACAUCAAAGGUCCGAACUGGCACCUUUCACCAGUAAAAACUCUAUUAGGUCGUAGCCCAGGUUCAGUGACAAAGCGAGUUUUAAAUGCACGCGCGACAGCUGUUGAAAGGAAUCGCAAAAGAAGGUUAUCUGACAGUCGUAGAUCUGCCAAAAGAAAAUGUGUAUUUUCUCAGCCAGAUUGUGACUAUGGACCCGAAGCUGCCCAACCCGAUAUUUCUACAGAGGAAAUGGAGAGAAAGAAAACGAAGGUCUUGAAGCGGCUCGAAAGUUCAGUUUCUUCCGAACAUCUGUGUCAUGAACUGGAGAGAAAUACGGUCGGCCAACAUUGUAAUGUUGUUUGGAGGGAAGCAAGACUAAAGAGACUGACUGCAUCGUCAUUCUCUAAAGUUUGCAAAAUGAGAUGUGACACAUCUUGCCACAAUAUGGUGGUUUCAAUAGUGAACCCCAAGGAUAUCAACACAGGCGCAAUACGGUACGGACGUAUGCAUGAAAGUACCGCAAUUAAAGCUUACGAAAAUAAGUUCCAAAAAAAAGUGUCCCCUUGUGGACUUUUUGUUCACCCAUCGUACCCUUAUCUUGGAGCAAGUCCGGAUGGAACAGUUGAGAACGACACUAUCAUUGAAGUUAAAUGUUUCCCUUCCAUCAACAACCUUAAAGUUAACAAUUCUCCUGUAAAAUCUAUACGAGAGGCUUCCAAAGUAAAAUACAUAGGUGUUCACACUAACAGUGAAGACAUGUUGGAACUGAAAAGAACACAUCCUUUUUUCUACCAAAUUCAAGGACAAUUGAAUAUUUCGAAAAGGAAGCAGUGUGUGCUGAUUUUAUUUUGUGACUUUGAUACCGAAUUCGUCCACGUUCAGUGCGACGAGACCUUUUGGAAAAAAGACAUGCUUCCGAAGUUAGAACGGUUUUACUUUAACUGUGUUCUUCCUGAGAUUGUUGACCCGAGGAAUGUUCGUGGACUGAAAUGCAGAGAUCCUGAAUACACAGAAGAAGCAAAGUCAAAGAAACUUAACAAAGAAGUGAAGACAUUUUAAAAUUUAUUAGUUAUGUGACACUUUUUGUUCUUGAAUCUAAUUAGUUUUAUUAUUGUUAGUAUAUAAUUUGUUGUAUUUUAAAAUUUAAUCAGUAAUUUAGAGAAAGCAAUCCAGACUAAUAAUACAUAUUUCUCUUUUAAAUACGUUAUGUUUUCCAUGGACUUGUGGUGUAAUCUCCAGACUACAGUUAAAAAUAACAGUCUGAAAGUAAGUUCAUUCUAUGUAAAAUUUCUAGAAGGUGGAGAAACAGAAACAAACAUUUGGAAGUGGUGUGUUAUCAGUCUUGGGAUGUACAUGUAGUGCUGCACACUAUAUUAAAAUGCUUUAACAAAAUUAGAAAUAAAACUGUUCUUAAUUUAAGUACACAUGAGUCUUUAUUUUACUGUUUAUUGUAAUGUCAUUAUUUAACCACUGCACUGUAUUUUUUGGAAGGCUUGAUAAAUUAAUAGAGGUUCACACUUUUUUCUCUGCGGUAUGCUGCGAAUGUCAUUUUCGACUUUUUGUGGUAAGCUAAGAUUCCUAUACAUGUCAAAGUACGUGUGUGCCUUUAAAUACAAUAAUUAAUAUCUAUUUUACUAUGCAAAUUGUGCAUACCUUCAAUAUUAAUUAAUAAAUCUAACUUUCAACAAUGUCAAAUAAGUACUUCAUAAAUUACAAAUUGAUCAUGGAAAAUAUAUUUCUAUGGGCUAAAGAAAAUGAGUGCUUGCAUAUAUUCAAUUUAUGUUCAUGUUCAUAUAAUGCAUGUCCUUUAAUUUUUAAUUGUUAGUAAUGCGUGGCAGUGUAUGGCAUAUAUACCUAUGUACAAGUUUUGUACCUGUCGUGCAAUAUUAAUUAUUUAUUGUAACCUGUGAAUGCCAAUGUUGUUAGCAAUAAAAGAAAAUAGUAAAUUAAAAAGCUUUACGCUAACAACCUUCCAACCCAACAUAGUGAUUGUGUAUCCUCCGCAGUUUGGUAAUUUAAUGAUGGAUCAAUAACAGAAACAAUUUUUUAGGUUAAGAGUGUAGUUAUGAAUUUUUAUUAUGAGUAAAUCAAAUUCUAGUGAAAUAUGUACUUAUUUUACACUUGCCGACGCUCAGCGAGUUAUGUGCAAGUGAAUAUUCACGCAAAGGAUUAACUUUAACCACUAUGACUAAUCAUUUUAUG